ACAAGCCCUCUCUUCCCCCCAGAUCAAACCACACGCUGCACAACAUGUCUUCAAACGGCAAUGGCGGUGCUCCUCCUGUAGGACAGGAGAACAUCAACACGGAUAUUGUCACCCUCACCCGCUUCCUCACCGAGGAGCAGGUCAAGGUUCCAGAAGCCACCGGCGACUUCACACUACUCUGCCACGCUCUUCAAUUUGCUUUCAAGUCUAUUGCCUACUACAUUCGUCGCGCUUCCUUGAUUAACCUGACUGGUUUGGCUGGUUCAUCAAACACGACUGGCGACGAUCAGAAGAAGCUUGACGUCAUCGGCAAUGACAUAUUCAUUUCCGCCAUGAAGGGCUCCGGCAAGUGCCGUAUCCUUGUUUCCGAGGAGGAGGAAGAGGCUAUCAUCUUCGACGAGCACCCCAAUGCCCGCUAUGCCGUGGUCUGCGACCCUAUUGACGGUUCCUCCAACCUUGACGCUGGCGUUUCGGUUGGUACCAUCUUCGGAAUCUUCAAGCUUCCCGAUGAGGUCCUCGGUCCCAACAACAAGGUCACUGCUCAGGACCUCCUUCGCCCCGGCACGGAGAUGGUUGCCUCUGGCUUCACCAUGUACGGUGCCUCCGCACAGCUGGUGAUCACCAUGCGCAACGGCGGUGUCAAUGGCUUCACCAUGGAGAACUCCCUGGGUGAAUUCAUCCUGACACACCCCAACAUGCAGCUUCCCGCCAAGCGGGCCAUCUACUCGGUCAACGAGGGUAACAGCAUGUACUGGGAUGACUGGGUGAACAAGUACCUCCACUCGCUGAAGUACCCCAGUGACGGCCAGAAGCCUUACAGCGCGCGUUAUAUUGGUAGCAUGGUGGCCGAUGCCUACCGGACUCUCCUCUACGGUGGUGUGUUCGCCUACCCGGCUGAUUCCAAGAGCCGCAAGGGCAAGCUUCGUAUCCUCUACGAGUGUGCCCCCAUGGCUAUGCUUUUCGAGAACGCAGGUGGUCUGGCAGUGAACUCCCAGAUGGAGCGUCUUCUGGAGGUGGUUCCGGAACACAUUCACGACCGGAGCGGUGUGUUCCUGGGCUCAAAGGACGAGGUACAGAAGAUUAUCGACACAUACAACCAGCACCACAAAUGAGUUCAUGGCACAAAGGAACAGCACUAGGGUGGAGUUUAAUGGUUUCAUGUUACUUAAUGCGAGCCAGUCAGUGCGUACAGCAGGUACCCGGUGACACCUUUGCACUGGCAUGUGAUUUAUGAUCCACAAACAUUUACAUAUUUAAAUCAAAAUACAAAUAAAAAUUCUAUAAUUA